AUGGAGGCACAGCAUUUGCUGCCGGACCCCAUCUCCUGGUGCCUUGCCAUCUCCUCCUGCCGCGGAACCUGGCAGCGCGCGGUGGCGCUGUGGGCGCGGUGCCAGGGCCCCACUUUGCGGAGCUCCAGCGCUGCAGCGGCAGCCAGCGCUUGCGAGAAGGGCAGCCAGUGGCAAUUGGCGCUCCAGAUUUUCGCAGAGACGCGGCGGUCUGGAUGCGGAGGUUUGCCAGACAUCAUGAGCUACAACGUCGCAAUGAGCGCCUGCCACCGGGGCGAGAAGUGGCAAGAGGCCUUGGCCUUGCUGACGGAGCUGCGGCGAGGGCACUUGGUGGCCAGCGGCAUUACCUACAGUGUGGCGGUGGGCGCUUGCCAGGCGGGCCGCCAGUGGAGAACUGCGCUGCAGAUGCUGCAGCAUUUGCGUGGCCAAAGUGAGGUGCCCAACUUGAUCACCUACAACGCAGUGAUGUGCGCCUGCCAAGACCAGCUUCAGUGGCGCCUGGCCGGCGCUCUUUUUCGCCGCCGCGAAGCCCAAGACGUGGUGACCCAUUCCAUCGCAGCCCAGGCCUUCGACACCGGCGCCAGGUGCCGGGAGGCGGUGGCAGUUCUCGCUGAACUGAGCUGCGAGGGGCUGGAGGUGACGAAAGCCAUGGUGUGA